CAGCUAGUAGCAGAUCUCUACUAGUAGGCACUGUCGAAACUUGACUUCAAUCCUAAAAGUGAUGGGAAACGUCUAAAUAUUAAUUUGGAGUAUAAACGUAUCUCCAUUCUAAUCUCUGGUUUAUCGAAUACAGAAGCAUCGUCGAGGGUGAAAACCGCUCUCGGAAGAAUCUCAUCGCCUUCCUUUUACCGGCACUAGUUCCAGGUUCCGUUUAGUUGACCGAUUUUCCCGCUUUAAUUUGCGAUGCUAGCGACGACCGACCGCCGAUACAAGAGCCAUCUGACGUGGCAAGAAAUAAAAUCCUCGCAGCCACUGGCAGCGGUCCCCGUCAAUUUCCGUCGAUUCCGGUAUACACCGUCUAUCAAACGUGUUUGCAGGUUUCUCGGCUGCGUUUCUCGUCGUUGAUGGUAUACCUCCGGUCCAUGGGGUACCUUCCCCACGAGAUUUCUUCGACAGUUUAUUCCGGGUACUUGAUUUCGCUCUUCUAAAACGCCCGGCUGCUACUCGAUCAUGGAGGGCGCCUACCGGAUCCCGGAGCUCCUCCUCGUCGCUCUGGUAUUCUCGUUCCUGCCCUUCAUCGGAGCCGAUGAACAUAAUCACGUAUACGAGGAUAACGAAGAGGUUGUGUUAUGGAUGAGCACGGUCGGUCCUUAUCAUAACAGGCAAGAAACCUAUUCCUAUUACUCGCUCCCAUUUUGUGUGGGAGCAAGAGAAAUGAUAAGUCAUUAUCAUGAAACGCUGUCGGAAGCACUUCAAGGAAUCGAACUGAAGUUCAGUGGAUUAGAUAUUGAAUUUAAAGUGGAUAUCUCAAAAACUGAAUACUGCGAGAUUGUCCUAAACGAGGAGAGCCAAAAGGCAUUUGUUUAUGCUGUGAAAAAUCAAUAUUGGUACCAAAUGUACAUUGAUGAUUUACCAAUUUGGGGUGUGGUGGGUGAACCGGAAGAAAAUAAUGGUGUGACCUCGUACUACAUUUGGACACACAAAAAGCUAGAUAUAGGAUACAAUGGCAAACAAAUAGUUGACGUGAACCUUACCAGUGAAAAUAAAAUUAAACUGGUACAAGGCACACACAUCCCCCUCAGUUACGAAGUCAACUGGAAAAAGAGUAAUGUCCGAUUCAAAGACAGAUUUGAUAAAUAUCUUGAUCCUAAUUUCUUCCAACAUAGAAUUCAUUGGUUUAGCAUUUUCAACAGUUUCAUGAUGGUAAUUUUCCUUGUUGGUCUUGUUUCAAUGAUUCUAAUGCGUACACUCAGAAAAGAUUAUGCAAGAUACAGUAGAGAUGAAGAAAUUGACGACAUGGAAAGAGAUCUCGGUGAUGAGUACGGUUGGAAACAAGUUCACGGAGAUGUUUUCAGGCCAGCAAGUCAUUCAAUGGUAUUUUCAGCUCUGGUUGGAGCUGGUUAUCAGGUGACCGUUGUGGUACUUAGUGUAAUAAUAUUUGCUAUCCUUGGAGAACUUUAUACAGAGCGGGGCUCCAUGCUUUCCACUGCAAUCUUUGUUUAUGCUGCCACCUCACCGAUAAAUGGAUACACUGGAGGUGGCUUAUACGCGCGAAUGGGAGGACGUGUCUGGAUUAAACAGAUGCUAGUCUGUGCGUUUAUGCUUCCACUAAUGGUUUGCGGCACUGCAUUCUUCAUAAACUUUAUUGCCAUGUACUAUCACGCCAGCAGAGCUAUCCCAUUUGGCUCCAUGGUGGCGGUCACGUGCAUUUGCAUAUUUGUCAUCUUGCCACUGACGUUGGUAGGAACUAUUUUAGGACGUAAUCUUGCUGGAACUCCCGAUGCUCCUUGCAGAGUAAACGCAGUACCCAGACCUAUUCCAGAGAAGAAAUGGUUCAUGGAACCUUUGGUCAUAAUCAUGUUAGGAGGGAUACUACCUUUUGGCUCAAUUUUUAUUGAAAUGUACUUCAUUUUCACAUCUUUCUGGGCAUAUAAGAUCUACUACGUUUACGGUUUCAUGUUGCUCGUCUUUGUCAUAUUGAUGGUGGUCACGGUUUGUGUCACUAUUGUGUGCACAUACUUCCUGCUCAAUGCCGAAGAUUAUCGAUGGCAGUGGACGAGUUUUCUGGCAGCAGCGUCAACUGCAGGCUACGUCUACAUCUACUCCUUCUAUUACUUCUUCUUCAAAACCAAGAUGUACGGCCUCUUCCAGACUGCGUUCUACUUUGGCUACAUGGCACUGUUCAGUUUAGCCCUGGGCAUCAUGUGCGGCACGGUGGGCUAUGUCGGCACCAACGCGUUCGUACGCAAGAUAUACUCCACCGUGAAGAUAGACUAAUUUGCCACUGAAUUACGCAAAUCCACCACAAAACUCACUAAUGUCGCGGAUCGAAGUGACACGCAGCAGCGAGUCGGUUUGCCAUUCGACGAGGGACUCCUUUACGUCCACCCUUGAUGCCGUUCCGUGGACACUGUGAUAUAUUCUCACGUCGGCUCCGUUUCAUUGGGCAAAUAAUCAAGACGCGGAUGAGCACUCGCGCUUUGCGUUGACAGUAUCAAAAGUCAUCUGUAAGCAUAUGCGUGAACGUGCGUCAUGUCCACCGAUCGUCCAUGUGGCGCGCAUAUGAGUCCCAAGUUUGACAGCUGUCACACGUCACGUGGUGUACCAAGGACGCAGCGUGCGCACGUGCUGCCCGUUCGCGAAGAGUCGCGUAGACAAUGCUAAACCAUACCGGACGCACUAGUCAGCCGUACUUCACUAGUUAAGGGCAGGAACAUUAUCGCUUCUCGAGAGAUUCCUUUUCGGCGAAAAGACCUAUGAAAAAGGAUCGAUUGUGCGCGAGUCGUACUAGUGGUACGUGGAGCAAGAAAGACGCGCUGCAAAUUUCUUCCGGCAGCCGGUGGAGGCCUUCGAGAACGGGAGCAGCAAGUCUUCGUGGGAACAGUGGGGGAUGUUUAAACGAACCCAGUACUCGUCCAUUUGAUCAUUUGCUUACGCUUUCUGAUUUACCUUCUAAUACUGGGCAGCAGGCCAUCUCGGUGGGGUGCGUAGCAUUUUGUUUCGAGGAAGAGUUGCGUUAAAUAUCCUUGAUUUGUACAGAAUAUGCAGCUUAAUGUUUACGACUUGAAUUGUUCUUUCAUUAUUCACCGCAUGUUAGCAAGUACUUCUUUUGAGAUCGAGGAUUGAAAUAAGAUGAAAUGCUAUACAGAGAUUAUCUGAAUAUAUCUUAAUAUCUGUUCAAAACAUAGGAUGUGGGGAGCCUGUUUUAUGACGCAUCAUUGUACCCUCUUAGAACCAUUUCCGAAGUUGUAAGUGAUACAGAGCUGGUUCCAAGAGGUAAUGUCAAAUGAUUUUGCUUUCAUAUUUUGGGGCAUGAUCAAUUGGUAACCAUUUUAUGACGCACCCAAUAAAAGAUGCCCCGUGUCGAGGCAGCUAAGUCGUCGAAAACGGGGCACGAUUGCACAUAGUUCGUUUGACUGAUAUUUUCUUAUGACCGCACGCCGAAAAUAGAAGAAUAGGACGCGUGGGGGAUUAAGUAUUUCAGAUGGCUUGAGGGAAGCCAAGCGUAAUCAGUCGGAGCGCCCGUAAUUGUAUCUCGGUAAUGAUCGAAUCCCUUUUAACAUAAAUUUAUAAUAUUGUAAAGAAAAAAUUGUUUGUACGCAAAUUAAGGAUCCUAUCGAAGAUGUAUGUCAGUCUUCGUUUUCCUAAUGGUGUUGAUAUAUCACUCGGCCUUUUAAACGAUCGAUUUAAUCUUGAAAAAUAAUUGCAGAGUCCUGUAGACUUGUUACCAUGGCCGUGCUAGAGUACAUCAAACGUUCGGUAUCUGUAAGUUCGGGUACACGACAUGCGUACCGAUUCGCAAUGAGACCAGUGCAUUGUAGACUCGUAAACGAUUAACGCGUUUACGUGCACACAUACUCGCGUUAAAUGUCGAGAAAUUCUUAACGAAUAGUCACGCGUGGGAUCGUGACCGGAGCGGUAUUGUAGAUUUAUGUUGUCAAUGAUUUUGAAAGACGUGACUUAUUGUUAGGUCUAGGAGAUAAGUGAAAUAUAAAAUUUCUACCUACAA